UUAUAGAGGGUCAGCUGUGCCUCUGUGCUGAACUGGGUCAGAAAGGACAUCUUUUGAGGGUUAGGUUUUUAAAUACCGUAUGUUCCGGACUAUAAAUCGCAGUUCUUUUCGAUUUAUACUCCGGAGCGGCUUAUAAUCCGGAAAAUACGGUACGUCAUUUUGUGAGCUCUUUAUAUUGUUUUUUAGUUCCCGGUUAACUUGACCCCGUCGCGCGCGCGCUUGAACCCACCGUGACGGCAGCAGCAGCAGCAGGGGGUGUCUGACUCUGAGUGCAGCCGUCCACUCACAGCGCCGCUCCGGCCCCUCCCGCGUCUCACCCUCCUCUGGUAAAACAUCCCGCUCUCGUCUCCAGGGCUGCUGUCCGACCACCGACACCCGCGGGACAGGAGUCAGUCCAGAGUUGGUCAGGCUAUGGACGGUCCGGGCAAAGCAGCGGCCGCGCACCCCGAGGGAGUGAAGGCGGACCCGAAGGCGGCUGGAGCAGCAGACCCCGCUGAGGGCUGCGGCUUCUGCCCGGGGAGAAUGCGGGACUGUGUCCCGCAAAAGUACCGAGACGAGCUGGCAGAGCUGUUCAAACUGACGGGACCGGUGCUCAUUUCCCAGCUGAUGGUCUUUCUGAUCAGUUUUGUCAGCAUGGUGUUUUGCGGCCACCUGGGAAAAACUGAGCUAGGCGGGGUUUCAUUGUCGAUUGCGGUGGUUAAUGUCACCGGUAUUUCCAUUGGCACCGGUUUGUCAUUAACCUGCGAUACGCUCAUAUCACAGACCUAUGGGAGCGGUAACCUGAAGCGUGUGGGCGUGAUUCUCCAGAGGGGGGUUCUGAUUCUGCUGCUGGCCUGUUUCCCCUGCUGGGCCGUCCUCAUCAACACCGAGCCCCUUCUGCUGGCUUUCAAGCAGAGUCCAGAAGUUGCCAGACUCUCCCAGAUCUAUGUGAACAUAUUCAUGCCUGCUUUACCAGCUGUCUUUAUGUACCAGCUGCAGGGAAGGUACCUCCAAAACCAGGGGAUUAUAUGGCCUCAAGUUAUAACUGGAGCCAUCGUAAAUGUCCUGAACGCAAUAAUCAACUAUGUGUUCCUGUAUAGUCUGGAGAUGGGUGUUGCUGGGUCUGCAGCAGCUAAUGCUAUCUCCCAGUAUGUGCUGGCUGUGGUCUUGUUUUCUUACAUCUGCCUGAAGGGUCUCCAUAAGGCUACAUGGGGAGGUUGGUCGCUGGACUGCCUCCAGGAGUGGAGACCGUUCAUCCAGCUGGCCAUCCCCAGCAUGCUGAUGCUCUGUCUGGAGUGGUGGAUCUUCGAAGUGGGAGGAUUCCUGGCCGGAGUGAUCAGUGAAGUGGAGCUGGCAGCACACUCCGUCAUGUACCAGCUGGCGGUUAUUGCUUACAUGUUUCCUUUUGGAUUCUCUACUGCUGCUAGUGUCCGUGUUGGAAAUGCUCUCGGUGCAGGGAACAUUGAACAGGCCAAGCUGUCCUGCAAAGUCCCCAUUGUCUGUGCAACCAUAGUUUCAUGUGUUGUCGGAGCAAUUGUUGGUGGCUGCAAAGACGUCAUUGGGUACAUUUUUACCUCAGAUAAAGAUACUUUGUUGAGAGUUUCUGACGUCAUGAUCAUCUUUUGCUUCACACAUCUGUGUGAUGCUGUCGCAGGUGUUACUGGAGGUAUCCUCAGAGGAGCUGGUAAACAGCUGAUUGGUGCUCUGUGUAACCUGGUGGGCUUCUACGUCAUCGGCUUCCCCAUUGGCAUUUCCCUGAUGUUUCCAGCCAAGUUGGGGAUUGUAGGGCUGUGGACGGGACUUACAAUUUGUGUGUUGAUGCAGUCCAUUUUCUUCGUCAUAUAUCUGUGCAAGCUUGACUGGGAGAAGGCUGUGAAAGAGGCUCUUGUGAGGGCAGGAGUGCAGAGCAACGAAGAAAAAGAUACGACCAAGAUGCAAAAUUUAGCCUGCAACCAGAGCCAGGUUGGUGUUGCAGCAUCUCGUGAUGGGGAGGACCAUGUGUACCAGGAGGCCCACCCUCCAGAGCAGAGUAAACCCACCACCGUAGUGGGGGAUGUCCUGUCGGGGACUCAGCUGGUUUUAUGGCGAGGGCUGGCGGUGCUGGUCAUGUUCGUCAUCCUGGCCGCGGGGAUUGUGGCCUCACACUUCCUCACUGAAAUGCUGAAGUGAUCCCUCCUAAUAGUGUCAAGUUAGCAGUCAAAUUCAUGACUGUCGGGGUCUGACGUGACAAAGUUUAGCCGAGUCUUAUUUUGGCUAAAAUGGCCUCACUUUCUCUGGUGAACAUCUCAGUCACAUGCUGAACAAAUGUAAGUGGGGUCCAACCAAACCAAACUCAUUUUAGAAACAUCAGACGAGUGUCUGCUGUUUUAUGAGCCUUAAAAUGUUUCAGUAAAAGCUGGUCUUUAACAUUAAUGAAUGAUAAGCCUCCAACAUGUACUUGAUUUUAUUGUGUAUUUUUAAUUUUAGAAAUUUGUUCUAAAAUUGUAUUUUAAAAAGUGGUAGGGAAUAUGAGAGCUUAAUGCUGCUGAGGUUUAUGAGGUUGAUGCCCUGGAUUGUGGCUUACUUAUUCUGGAACAUGUUAAAGAUCUGGUGGCCUGCUGACACAUUGCUGACUCACCAAAAUCACUUAAAAGCAAAAAAAAAAAAAAAAAUUCUUUAACAUGCACAAAUAGCAACACAACUAUGCAUUUAAAGAAUGCGAAAUAAUUUAGCAGACUUAAAGUCAAAUAGGGUGGUACAUCCUCACUGCGCAGUUGAAGCCAGGUUUAUGAGUAGCAGCUUUGAUAAGUUCUAAUUAUCACACACCACACAGGCUGACAGGCAUUUAUAGAGCCAGCAGUGUUUGACAGAAGAGCGCGUCGAUGUCAUGUUGAAGAGUCGAUGCAUAAAAUACAACCAGAGACGGGAGUAAAGUGUGUGACAUAAACAUGACUCGAUAUGCUGUAAACCUGACAUAAAGAGUGCCUUAGCUGACAAACAGUAUAGAUUUUAAAUGUAUACUGCGAUAAUUAGCUUGAUGCAAAUACUUCAUUUGCAAAAUGUUUGAGACAUUGUAUGAAAAAUAAUGAAAUGUCUUGAAGGAAUUCCAUCUCUUCAAGUGACUUCAAUGAUUUUUUUUUUAGUCAAACUUAGUUCUGGGUUCUGAAUUAGCCAUUCAAAAAUGUAAAUUAGUUGUAGAUACUAUAUGAACUUCCGCUGUCUAGUAGACACCUGAAUCUUCUUGACCAAAUCAAUCUGGUAUUUGGAAGUGAUCCUAAUUUUAUCCAUCUUGACAAUGUUCUUCAUCCCAUCCCAUUGAAAAUAAUGCCAAAGCCUGAUGCUGCCACCCCCAUGUUUCACUGUGGGUCUUGUGCUAAUUUCGUAUGAUGCAUAUUAUGAUUUGUGUCAUGAUACUUUUUAGAGUUAGGGCUCAAUAUGUUAACUUAUCAGUCAAGCCUAUAUGUUUUCUUUGGAGGAAAAUGUUUUAUUCUUAUUUCUUAGUCUAGACAUAUUAAGAAUACAUAUUGUUUUCACAUGUAGAACAAAGGAAGUAGUUACCAGAAACCUUAAGUUACAUUAGUGUUCCUCUGUUUGUUUGUUUUAUGUAUAUUUAUCUUGGAUAAUGACUGAGCUAAUUAUGAUGUUUUCUCUGUGCAAUUGCUAUGUUAUUAAUAUAAUGUGGAAUUAUUUUGUACCCUCCUCCUGACUGAUAUCUUUCUACAGUAGGUAAUCUUGUAUAACCUUCCUAGAAAUUAUGGCUUUAACUGAAGCAAAAAACUUUAUAGUGAAUUAUUUAAAUGCACUAUGACUGAUAUUAGGUGUGCACCCAAGAAAACUGAAUGCUGAAAUUCAAGUGAAGAUUUCUCAGCAAUGUGGAAACUUGUUCAUCAGUUAUUGCAAACAUUUUAUAUUAUUUUUACCAAAGGAAUUGUUUCUCUUUUUUUAGCUGAAGUGUACAAGAUAAAUGACACAUUAAAAGUGGAAAAAGUUUGAA